UAAUCAGUCGAUAAUUAGAUUUUUCAGACUGAAACCAUAGAUCGGCCUGACUUGGAUCAGCAAAUGAAUCUGAUUCAUGUUUGUGCCAGACACAAUCCCAAGACAGCAAGGGACGUUUUUUACCGAGAGAAUGUUAAUUCCCACAUGAUUUAAUGUUUUCUACAAAUAUCUUAUAUGUCCAUAUUAAUUUAUGUGUGACCAUAUCAAGUUCGACCUUUUUUUUGUGUAGUUAUAAUAAGAGUCCAACCGAUAUAUCGGUUGGCCAAUAAUAUCGGCCGAUACGAGCUUACAUUUACUAAUGAUAUAUUUGAUUCUAUUUGUGAAUGGGUUUGCACCAUUAUUGGCUUCACUUUCAUGUUCAUGGCCCUCGUCAGCCGUCAGCCGAUGCCUUUACAGCUACUAGCACGUUCAAUAUAGGCGACUAUGACCACGUGAAAGCUCAAACCAAUUAUGGCCCCGGGCAGCGGCUUACGACCAGGCUCAUCUUGUGUGGAGGGAUUUCUGUAAAUUGGAUGAGGCUACUUACAGGGGCUUACCAUGACGUACUGCAACUUUGAGUUUAAUCAUUAGGAUCCUCGGCAAUCUUCCGCCUCUCGGAGAGAACGGAACGACACGAUUAGCCUCGUCUGCGCGUUAAGGAAGGAAAACUGGGAAAAAGUUGCGGGUAAAUAAAGCAAAAAUUAAAUUUGAAGCUUCUGUCACAAUGGGAGAGGAGACAGCUUUGAAUAAAUAAGACUCCUGUGCUCCUCUGGGGUCUUCCUGGGUUCUUCAUAUCGGCUUCUUCUUUUUUUCUGCUGUGGGAUGGAUUACCGCCUGAGCUGAUUCCUCUUCCUGUUGGACCAGCCAGAGGAGACCCUGCUAACAAAGAGACAGGGAAACUUGGACUACGGGUUGGCACAGUCAAGAGCAUUUUUCCAAACUAAGGGGCAAACUCUGGAAAUCUUGGAAUUCCUGCUGUUCCAGAUCACCACUUGACUCUUUUUUUAUUCUGCACCAGCAAAGGACACGUCUCAGGUUGAACAAUGGCUUUGAUGUUGGUCAAGUUUGAUCUGAAGAAGCGGGUGAAGCUCGCUCAGACGGUCUGGUUCAUGUACUGGUUCGCUGUGAUGGCCGGCGUGCUGGUGUUCAGCAUGGGUCUGUUUUUUAAGAUCGAGCUGCGAAAGCGCUCAGAACUCAUGGACAACAACGAGAGCCACAUCUUACCCAACCUGCUUAUAUUCAUGGGUCUAAUAGCGUGCGGCAUCAACGCCUUCGGAGGCAAAGUCUGCUAUGACUCACUGGACCCCACCAAGUUUGUGAAGUGGAAGCCCAUGUUGAAGACCUUCUUGGUGUUCUGCGUGGUGUUCAACGCCCUGCUGAUCGUGACGGCUCUGAUGUGCUUCGUGAUGAAGAUCCCCCUGCAGUUCACCCUGUCCGAGGGGCUGAAGAACGGGAUGAGGUACUACAAGGACACGGACACACCGGGCCGGUGCUACAUGAAGAGGACGCUGGACCUGAUGCAGAUGGAGUUCCGUUGCUGCGGGAAUGACCACUACAGAGAUUGGUUUGAGAUUCAGUGGGUCAGCAACCGCUACCUGGACUUCAGCGCGAAGGAAGUCAAGGACCGCCUUGGGAGCAACGUGGAUGGCCAGUACCUGAUGGACGGAGUCCCGUUCAGCUGCUGUAACCCCAGCUCGCCCAGACCUUGCAUCCAGAUGCAGAUGACCAACAACUCUGCCCAUUACAGCUACGACCACUACACCGAAGAGCUCAACGUGUGGAAGAGAGGCUGCCGCGAGGCCCUGCUGUCCUACUACGGCGGCAUGAUGAACACCAUCGGCGCCUUAGUGUUCCUGAUCACGCUGCUGGAGGUUGCCGUGACCGUGGGCCUGCAGUACGUCGACACCUCCCUGUCCACGCUGGCCAACCCGGAGGACCCCGAGAGCGAGAGCGAGGGUUGGAUCCUGGAGAAGACGGUGAAGGAGACGUUCACCGACAUCAUGGCCAAAAUGAAGGCCACGGGCAAAGGAGGCAAGGUGGAGGAGGGCGGCGAGGAAGGGGUCGCGACGGUGAGCUGAGCUGACCCCCUCCUGCAAAAACUGACACCACUCCCACCUGAAGAGGAGAGCAAGAGGAACGCGUGAGAUCACUACCUUUUUCUACCGACGUUUAUUAUGUAGACACAAACAUAGUUGGCUAUGAACUCCUUAACUGGACUCCUUACAAAUGGACUGGCAUAAUGGCAUGGCAUAAAUAUUGCAGUGUAUUCAUAGAGGGAGAUCAUGAGUAGAAUGAGUUGUGUUUCGGUUUUUAAUUUUGGUUUUCCCCCAACUGAACAAGCCCGACUCUUGCUUCACAGGGAUUUCCUACUCUGGUUUCUGGUAUAUUCUGUGGAUUUGGAUUCCCCCCCCCCCCCCAAAAAAAACUGAAAUCAAGUAAAUAUGAUAUGUAUGUUAGCAUACAUGUAAGGCUGUAACUGAUAUUAGGGAAGCCGAUAUAUCAGCCAAUAUAUUUAUACGUCUAUAUUUAAAGAAACGUUUGCCGAUGAUUCUGAAGAUUAUCGUUGUCAAACCCUUACGCCAAAGAAAGAACUCAAUCAUAAACUUGAUUAUAAAUAACUAUAAACAAAAUUAAAAAACACAAAUACAACCACAUAUUUAGAACUUGAAUUGAGACAAAUAAACAUAAUCGUCUUUUGCGUCAAAUGUAAAAAUGAAUGCUCAGCUUCUGUGCAUUGUUUAUUCUGUCAAAUAGAAAGUUUUCAUAUCGACAAACAUAAACGCAGACACCGAUACGUCUGCGAAAGGCUCAUAUCGGCCAAGCGAUAAAUCGAUCGGGCUCUAGUAGGCACAUCAUUUUUUCCUUUGUAUUGUUGUUGGAUAGUUCGGUGGGGAUGGUGGUUGCCAUGCAACCCCCCCCUGUCAUGGAGCCAGAGGUGCAGAUGGAAAAUAUUUUACAGCCCAAGAAACACAGCGUGUGAUUUUUUGUUGACCUGGCUUGUAGCUGAUUCUGUAUAGAGGCGAUGCAAAGCAAUAAUCCAACCCCCUCCGCCCGCUCCCCUCUUUUUAUCCUCCUGAGACGGAGUCAAAUUAUCGAAUUGAAUGAAUCUGUAUGAAUGUGGAGGCGCGUGGUCGAAGAGGGAGGGAGGGAUGGGCAUCAGGAGGUGAGCUUCAGAGAGCAGCAGGGGCAACUCCAAACCCGCGGAGGACGAACAGAAAUUGGCAGCUAACUCUUGGCUCCUGACCCCUGUACUGUGAUCUCACACCCUCUCCGACGACCCCCCCCCCCCCGGGGGGAUUCAGUAUCUGUAUAUUGACACACGUGUAUAUGUAUAUUCUAACAAACUGGGUUUGCCGUCUUUGUACAUAGUGUAGAAAUGAUGGAGAAAAAAAUUUAACUUUUAUAAAAAAAAAAAAUAAUGUAAUUAAGCUAAAUCUUUUAUUUUAAAUCCGUGUAAAGGUUUUGUUUUUUUUUCCAUAUGAUUUUUUCUUUCUUCCCGUUUCUGUGUAGAGAAGAGAUCAUGCUUGACUGUGUGCAGGUACAGUGAAUAAAGGAUUUUAGAGAUGUGA